AUGGCAGUGAAAGACACCCAUUCCACCUCCUCAGACGCCCCGUUCCGCAGUCGCGCCGACACCCCGGUGGUGGUGCUCCUCAUCGUGCAGGGCUGGCCGCGUAUCGAAGCGCAGGUCCCGGAACUUGCGGCCUUGCAUCUGGAGCCCUCACUGCUGCCGGCAAUCCUGGGGUUCUUUACCUACACCGUGGGCAAGGUGGUGGCUGGCAUUCUCAGCACCUGA